AAAAACGCAAAUUUGAGACAAUGACACAGUGAUAUGGAUUCCAGGCAAAUGGAAUCCUUAAUGAAAGACUCAGAAAGUGGGAUGUUGGAGAAGAAAGAAGUCCUGAUUUCCAACCUUAACACCGACCACGAAAAACAACAACUUGAUUCCGGCACUUCUCUCCAACUCUUUCUUGAUCGCAUCCCCAUCAGUUCCAUUCCUGGCAUCAAUAACUCCUCCGUUCUGGAAUUGAAAACUGGGGAUACUGUGGGGGAUGCGAUACAAAUGUUGUACGAGAAGGAUGUGUUUGGUGUUCCCAUUGCGGAUAUCUUAGACUUGGACCCCGAUUAUGACCGCAGAAGAUUUUCGGAUCGGUAUAUUGGUUUCAUUGAUUUUGCAAGCAUGUUUCUCUGGUGUCUUGAGGAGUUGGAAAAUGGGGUAAGGCGUGCCAAGGGCGUUGGAGGUGAAGAGAUUCGGGGGAAUGCCUUUUUCGCCAUGCUAGCACAGAAUCCUGACAUUAGCCAAACCAAGGUUGGAGAGCUAGCUAAAUCAUUCCUUUGGAAUCCAUUUUUCCCUGUGCACUUAGACGAAACACUCUUUCGUGUUCUGUUGCUUCUUUCAAAACAUCCGUUGCAAGUUGUGCCUGUCAUAGACCGAGCCAACUCCAAUGUCACUGGUUUUAUUACACAGAAUGCAGUCAUCCAAUUGCUUCUUCAAUCAAGUGGACUCGAGUGGUUUGAUAGCAUUGCAAAUAAGCCAUUAUCAGAGUUCCUGUUUGAGAAUGAAGAGCAUGUAGUUCAUGUAUAUGGGGACCAAAGCAUAGCAGAAGCUCUGCAUGUUCUGUGGCGAAGCCGAAUUGGUGCCAUUGCUGUCCUAAAUCGAGAAACUAACAGGCUCGUUGGUAGCAUAAGGUGCAGUGAUAUCUAUCUUCUUAUAGAGAAUGAAACUUUCCUUCAUGACAGAAAGAACCUAACCAUUGAGGAGUUCAUUCACGUGGAAACUGGCAAUAAGGGUUCUGAUCCGACCAUUGAACGGGACCUCGGAGCUCUUUUCUCGGCAGGGAUCCUGCGUCUGAAAAAUAAUUUUCUUCCAAGAAUGGACUCACCAGCCAUCAACAAGAAAACUGACACACUCAUGCAAGUGAUGAAAAACAUGGCAGAGACAAAAAGCACCUUCAGCUUUCUAGUCGAUGAUUUUCAUAUAGCCAUAGGUGUUCUCACCCUAAGAGAUGUAAUAAUUCAGUUUGCCCCGCCGUGUAUCGACUCGACUAUACAUGGAGUUGGAUUUUUUGAAUCUGCUCUGGAACAAACUGGGUGUCAUGUCAAAGACGGAACUCUAGUUUGCAAUCAGUGACAUUCUUUUCUGUAUUUUAUUGGCUAAGCUUCUACAUUUAUUGUAUUUUUUUUGGUCUUAAUUGGAUUUUCUUGCCAA